GGCGCAGAGCAUGGACGCGGUGCUGCUAGAGCACUUCCCCGGGGGCCUGGACGCUUUCCCGUCUCCUUACUUUGACGAGGAAGACUUCUUCACCGACCAGUCCUCUCGGGAUCCUCUGGAGGACGGCGAUGAGCUGCUGGCGGGCGAGCAGGCCGAGGUGGAGUUCCUCAGCCACCAGCUGCACGAGUACUGCUGCCGCGACGGGGCGUGCCUGCUGCUGCAGCCUGCACCCUCGGCGGCCCCGCACGCGAUCGCCGCGCCGCUCACAGGGGGCCCCGGCGAACCGGAGGAUGGCGGCGGCGGCUACUGCUGCGAGGUGGGGGCGCCCCCCGGCGGCUUCCCCUACUCUCCAGGAUCUCCGCCCUCGUGCCUGGCCUACCCUUGCGCUGGGGCAACCGUACUGUCCCCGGGGGUCCGGCUGCGCGGCCUGACAGGGGCGGCGGCGGCUGCGCGGCGGCGGCGGCGGGUGCGCUCCGAGGCGGAGCUGCAGCAGCUGCGGCAGGCGGCCAAUGUGCGCGAGCGGCGGCGCAUGCAGUCCAUCAACGACGCCUUCGAGGGGCUGCGCUCGCACAUCCCCACGUUGCCCUACGAGAAGCGCCUCUCCAAGGUGGACACCUUGCGCCUCGCCAUCGGCUACAUCAACUUCCUCAGCGAGCUCGUGCAGGCCGACAUGCCGCUGCGAGGCGGCGGCGUGGGCGGCGGCGGGGGCCCGGGCGGCAGCGGGCGCCUGGGUGGGGACAGCCCCGGCAGCCAGGCCCAGAAGGUCAUCAUCUGCCAUCGGGGCACCCGGUCCCCGUCGCCCAGCGACCCGGAUUAUGGCCUCCCACCCCUUGCAGGACACUCUCUUUCAUGGACUGAUGAAAAACAACUCAAAGAACAAAAUAUUAUUCGGACAGCCAAAGUGUGGACCCCAGAGGACCCCAGAAAAGUCAACAACAAAUCUUCCUUCAACAACAUAGAAAACGAACCGCCCUUUGAGUUUGUGUCCUGAGAAGUCCCAGACCCACUUGGGGGUCUGAUUAUGUCUCUGUGCAUAUUGUACAUGUAAAUAUCUAUAAUGUAAAUGUAA